AGAUAUGUAGAAACAUUUGUGAAAGCGGACAGUGAGGAUGAUGAGGGGGAGGAGUCAGCCGCUGAGAGCUGUGCUGCUAUUGGCUCCAUGUGAUGCGGGAGGCGGGAGCAGAGCUCUGAUUGGCUGUGGGGAGUAUAAAAAGAGAGACAGUUUGUAUUCUUCUGCAGAAACGGUCUACAGCUCAGUGUUCCUCCUCUUCCUCUGCUCUUCAUCAUGUCUGAUUGGACCGACUGUCUGGAUUUCGGCAUCUCCAUCGCCAAGCAGGCGUCUGAGACGGUCCUGGAGGCGUUCCUCCUGCAGAAGGAGGUGCAGCUGAAGAGUUCUCCGGCUGAUCUGGUGACAGAGACAGACCAGCGAGUCGAGAGGAUCCUGAUCUCUGCCAUCAGGGCCCGGUUCCCUCUGCACAGGUUCAUAGGGGAGGAGUCAGUAGCUGCAGGUGAGCCCUGUGUCCUGACUGAUGAGCCCACCUGGAUCAUCGACCCCAUCGACGGGACCGUGAACUUCGUGCACCGGUUUCCCUUUGUUGCCAUCUCCAUCGCCUUCACCGUCAACAAGCAGACGGAGUUUGGGAUCGUUUACAGCUGUGUGGAGGACAAACUGUUUCACGCUCAGAGAGGAAGAGGAGCGUUCCUGAACGGAGAGAAGCUGCAGGCCUCCGGACAGGAAGACGUCAGCAAGUGUGUGGUGGUGACGGAGAUCGGGGCGGAGCGUGAUGACCUCGCUCUGUCCACCAUGACCUCCAACAUCCUCCGGCUGCUGCAGCUGCCCGUCCAUGGGGUGCGUGCGCUGGGCACGGCGGCAGUCGACAUGUGUCAGGUGGCGACGGGCGGCGCUGACGCCUACUAUCACAUCGGGAUGCACUGCUGGGACAUCGCCGCCUCCGCCAUCAUCGUGCAGGAGGCGGGGGGCGUCGUCAUGGAUACUGAUGGCUCAGACUUCGACAUGAUGUCACGCAGAGUGAUCGCAGCCAGCUCCACCUCGGUGGCCAAUAGCAUCGCUCAGGUGGUCCAGGCGUUCCCCUGUCGCCGUGACGACGAGGAUCCAACCAGGUGUGUCUGCGGAGCUGCAGGUGUGAAGGGGGUGUAGGUCAGCUGACAGGAAGUGCUAAAACUGAAGAAAUACAUUAAUCGUUCCUGAAAAUGAUCAGUGAUACACCUGUGACCUGAUGUAAACAUGUACAGGUAAUGAUCACCUGUCACCUGAUGUAAACGUGUACAGGUAAUGAUCACCUGAUGUAAACGUGUACAGGUAAUGAUCACCUGAUGUAAACAUGUACAGGUAAUGAUCACCUGUGACCUGAUGUAAACAUGUACAGGUAAUGAUCACCUGAUGUAAACAUGUACAGGUAAUGAUCACCUGAUGUAAACAUGUACAGGUAAUGAUCACCUGAUGUAAACAUGUACAGGUAAUGAUCACCUGAUGUAAACAUGUACAGGUAAUGAUCACCUGAUGUAAACAUGUACAGGUAAUGAUCACCUGAUGUAAACAUGUACAGGUAAUGAUCACCUGUCAGCUGUUAACGACGGACCGAUGCUGUGAUUUUGGCCUUAUGAAUAAAAAUGACUAAAUGAA